AUGGAAUCCUCAGGAGCCUCGAGCAAGAAACUCUUACAAAAUGGAACUUCUUCUUCUGAUCAUGAAUCCUCAGAAGGAAAGGGUGGCUUGCGAACCAUGCCCUUCAUCAUAGUGAACGAGUGUUUGGAGAAGGUGGCGAGCUAUGGGAUCAUGCCCAACAUGAUACUCUACCUAAUGAACGUUUACGCCAUGCCCAUUGUGGAUGGCACAAAAUUAAUCAACACUUGGUCUGCCAUGUCCAAUGUCUUGUCCAUCUUCGGGGCCUUCAUUUCUGAUUCUUACUUGGGUCGAUUCCUCGUCAUUUCCAUCGGUUCCUUCUCCAGCCUUCUUGGUUUAAUCUUUUUGUGGUUAACUGCCAUGAUCCCUGAGCUAAGACCUUCCUGUGAACCAUUGAUGCUAGGCUGCAACUCUGCUACAGCAGGUCAACUAGCAGUUUUGUUCCUUUCCAUGGGAUUGAUUUCCAUUGGAGCUGGUUGCAUCAGACCUUGUUCCAUAGCUUUUGGAGCAGAUCAAUUGACAAUUAAAGAAAGUUCCAAUGAUGAGAGGCUCUUGGAUAGCUACUUUAAUUGGUAUUAUACCUCAAUUGGACUUUCGACUGUGAUUGCUUUGAGUGUAAUUGUGUACAUUCAAGAAAAUCUUGGUUGGAAAAUUGGGUUUGGAGUACCUGCUGUGCUAAUGUUUCUAUCGGCUGUUAGUUUCAUUCUUGGUUCACCGUUCUAUGCCAAAGUGAAUCCAGGUCAGAGCUUACUCACAAGUUUUCUACAAGUAGUUGUGGUGGCUGUGAAGAACAGAAAACUUACUCUACCUGAUUGCAACUCUGAUCAUUAUUAUCAAGAACGUGAUUCGGAUCCAAUGGUCCCCACUGAUAGCCUACGGUACUUGUGCUUUCCCAAUAUGAUCUAA